AUUACUUUCACGUGCCAGUCGAUUCAAGGUGCAACUUGUGUUCAGAACACUGCGUAGCAAAACCAAACGAGUGAGAGUUCUUGGGACUUAGAGCCAAUUUUACGGCUGAAAAAUGCAUCGCACAAAGAAUCGAGUUUUCCUUGUCGUUGCCUUCCUCUACACCAUUGUUUGCAGCUAUGUGCAAUGUGGUUAUGUUUCUUUGGGAUGCUUUAAGGAUACUGGAAAUCGUGCAAUUCCACCACUGGAAGGAAAGGAUCAGAUCUUGGACAAACAUUACUGGCAUCGAGAGAACCCCAUUGCCAAAUGCGCCGUGGCUGCAAUGAAAAGGGGAUACAAGAUGUUUGCAGUUCAGAAUGGUGGCUGGUGUGCCGCUAGCAAGAUUGCGCCAAAGACCUUCGACAAGUACGGAAAAUCUUCAGCUUGUAAGAGUGACGGUGAAGGAGGACCAUGGGCCAAUCACGUUUACUUGACCAAAGGUACAGUAUGACUGGUGUCAUUAAGCACAUCAUAUAACUGCCAUUAAUAGCACUGAGCUCGAUCCAAAUAGAUU